ACUGUGCACGGCCUCGUUUGUUAUGCAGCAGUCUCGAGACGUAUCGUAUCACACUCCAUGCGAUUGGAACGUUCUGAUCAUUGCUGUUGUGACCUGUCAAAUACAAGAGCUGGAUAUUGUUUCGUCUACAAAAAAUAUUUUUACAACACACUAAUUAAGCUAAUCAUGGACUAUUCCGAAAUCAUUCGUGAUGAGAUGGAGGAUGAGGGCAUUAUGCCGUCAGAGAUACCAGAGAGAAGUGCCAGGCAAGGUGUGAGGGGGUUCGCUGAUAUGAAAUGCUGUAACCCGUCAUGCCGCAGGACGUGGAGCACCCAUAAAGGUCAUGUCGUCAUCGAUUUGAAGAGGCAGAAUGUCAACAGGAUCUGGAAACAGAAAUGCAAGAAAUGUGACCGUGAAAACGAGCCAACCUUUCGUGAUCUCGUAUUCAGAGAGCUGGUCAUCAAAGCAAUCGAACAGGAGAGGAAAUAUCGCAAUCCGGACUUCGCCGGCAGGAACAUCGAUGACGACGGAAACGAUGGUGGUCGAAGGGGACCUCCACACGAGAGUAGUCUAUGUGAAAAAUGUGAAUACGGCAGGACCAAGUGCUGGAUCAGGAAGUGAAAGCAUCAAUCUUUUUUCUAAAUGGC